CGGCUCCCCCGUCAGGUGCGCAGGUCGGGCGAGGCGGCUGACAGAAGCGCCGGCGGCGGCGGCGGAGGCGGCGGGCGGGCGAGCGGCCUCCCUCCCGCGCCCCCUCAGCGCCGGCCGGAGGAGAUGGGUCGGGCCGGACCUCGACGCUGAGGAGCGUCCCGGCGGCGGAAGGGGCGGGGCGCAGCUUAUCAUGAACCGGCUGUCUGGGUGCUGAACCCAGCAUCGUGCCCCCCCCUCCACUGUUGCCAUGACAACGGGAGAUUGCUGCCACCUCCCUGGCUCGCUGUGUGACUGUCCGGGCAGUGCCACCUUGUCCAAGUCAGUGGACGAUUCGGAUCUGGGGCGCCCCCAGUACGUCACCCAGGUCACCGCCAAGGACGGACGGCUGCUCUCCACGGUGAUCAAAGCCCUGGGCCCGCAGAGCGAUGGUCCGAUCUGUCGAAUCUGCCAUGAAGGCGGAAGCUGGGAGGGCCUGCUCUCGCCCUGCAACUGCACCGGCACCUUGGGGACCGUCCACAAAAGCUGCCUGGAGAAGUGGCUGUCCUCGUCCAACACCAGUUACUGCGAGCUGUGCCACACGGAGUUUGUGGUGGAAAGGCGGCCCCGGCCCCUGUCGGAGUGGCUCAGGCACCCCGGCCCGCGCAACGAGAAGCGGACGCUGUUUUGCGACAUGGCCUGCUUCCUCUUCAUCACUCCGCUGGCGGCCAUCUCGGGCUGGCUCUGCCUGCGGGGCGCCCAGGACCACAUGCAGUUCAACAGCCACCUGGAGGCCAUCGGUCUCAUUGCCCUGACCAUCGCCCUGUUCACCAUCUACGUCCUCUGGACACUGGUGUCGUUCCGCUACCACUGCCAGCUCUAUUCCGAGUGGCGAAGGACCAACCAGAAGGUCCGGCUGAUGAUUCCCGACGCCAGGAACCCCUCCCCGGCCCCUCACUCCCUGCUCUCGGCCAAGCUGCUGAAGAAGAAAGCCGACGAGACCACCGUGUGAGCCAGGCUCGCCCCUCGUGGUUUCCCUCCCCUGCUCCGAAGCGCCGGAAGGCAGGAAGAGGAAAAAGGCGAAAGGACGAGAAGGCGGACUUGUCCAAACCUCUGGUCCAGCCGGAAGGGAGCUGGCCGUCCCGGUCAUCGGUCAAGCCCCCCCGUCCCCCUCCCGCCGCCGAGAGACAGCCGAUUCCCCGGGGCGUGUGCAAUGGCCUGGGGACGCGGCCCGCCGAGGGGCGCCCUUCGGCCCCGCUCCGUCCUCAGAGGCCCACUGGGGAGAAGGAUACCCCUCUCCCUUGACCCGCGUAACUAUCUUAUAUUAUAGUACCCUAAUUAUCGUUGUAAUUAUAAUUUUAUGACUGUUCUCAGUUUCCAGCGGCUGUGUUCAGGGCCCUUCUCCCUUCCUAAACAUCACUGUGGAAGGAGCUUGUCGGUGGGGCUGUGCGUGUGUGUGUGCACGUGUGUCAGGGGCAGCUUUGCUUCCCAGAACCCUGGCUGCCAAGAGGGUCCCCCCCCCAAGGGGGGCUUGACCGUCCCCCCUUCUCCGGCCCGGGGGUCCAGCCUGGUCAGCAGGCCUUGUUCAGAGACACGGACGGGCCACGUGCAAAAACCCAGAAGGUCGGUUCCCCCCGUCACGGCUCCCACCACCACUGACUCUCUCGGCCCCUUUUAUAUUUUUUGCACUAUGUAGGUGGGGAGGGGGGGGGUGCUGUUUGUCUUUCCCCCUCCUCGUUGCCCAGUGAUGUUGCUCUGCCUUAGAGAACCCUGUCCUUUUGAGAGUGGAUCCCAAUCUCGAGAUCCCAGAAAGAGACAAACAAAAACGACACCGACAGAAAACGAACUGACGGCAAACCGGAGGGUGUCCUUUUUUUUUUAAAUAAAAAAUAAACGCUGUAGCCAUCCGGCUUACAGAAAUAACAGCCA